AUGCAUUUUUAUUUUUAUUUGUUUUCAUCGUCAAUGUGGAUGAGUGCAGACAAAAUAAAAGAAAAAAAAAAAAGAAGAAAAAGAAUGAGCCUAAAGAAAUCACUUGAGGAGCUGACGCGUCGCUCAUCGCUACGACGGUCAAGUGGUUUAAGGGCCUCGCACGUUAUAAUAGUUGGGAAACGUAUGGUGGAGGACGGAUGUGAUUCCAUUGUUUCUCUAGCAAGUCCAAGGCUGGAGGAGCGGCGGCAGCGGCGGGUUGUUCUUCACGGUGUUGGCACCGGCGAUGUCAUUCGGGCCCCGUCACGCUUUUUUGAUCAAAUCGUGGAGGAACGUCGGCUUCCCAAGUCCGCACACUGUUAUUUGUGGCGUGGCCGAGGAGGGUGUGGGCCUGCGUGGGUGCGUCCCCGCGCCAUUCCGUGUGUCCACCAUGCCGAGGCCCGCUCAUGUACGCGGUGCCCGUGGAUGGGACUGGCGACAGCGGCGUCGAGGGAGAUAAAGUCAGAGCGACUUCGCCGCACCAUUGAGAGUUCUCUUCUUCCUCUUGCCUCCUCUUCCCCGGCGGGAGGCGGUCAGCCAGAGUUGACGCGGUCCCCACCGUCCGUGCGUUUUUUUGAGCCCUUUGAUGUUCCUGUCGCGGCGCAUUCAAUGCGGGAGAUGGAAUUUUACUUUCGGAGACUGUCCAGCGAAGAAAGCUUGAGUUCGGGUCAGGGAAUGGGUUCUCCUGCUGUCACCGGCGAAUUUUGUUUUUCUCCCAACCUAAAGGACGCGCCGGAGUGUCUCUUGUCUACAUUGGAGCAGCAACGACUCCUUUUGUUUUUGAACCGGUGGGCUGAACGGCUUCCCCCACCCGUGCAGCAAUGUCUUUCUGCAGUCUUUAUUUUGCAACAUUCUCGGGAAGGCGUGACGCGCCUGUGGGAACGUGAUCUCCACGUGACGCUUCUCCUGCGCCAAGAUGUGUCAAACUUUGGUGAACAGGGUCCUUUGUGCUCUCCCUCACAACCCGAGGGACUUCUUUCAUUGGCGGAACAACAACUCGUGGAUACGGUGCUUUCGGCAGUGCCUCUGACAAAGCGUCUUGGUAUUGCUACGGUUUGUAGUGAUGGAUCCAUGGCGUGUUUAUAUCCACGUCCACAGCGUGUCGAAUGUACGAUGGCGGCGGAUGUUGCUGAGUUAGUGGGGGUUGUGCCAUGCGUUGCAGUUCAUGGUCCUUCGGGUAAAAAAGCGGCGGCAAAUUUGCCAUUUAUGCACAGCACAGUCGCGUUCAUUCUUGGUGCACGGGACGUGGCGAGGCUUGAAGUCUCUCCGCCUUCUCUCUGGCGCCAAGCCAUGUCUUUAGAGGCCGUUGGCUCCGUUUUGCUCUCCAUCCUUGGGGAUUUUUUGAGAGGUGGUGUUCUUCUGCUGCUUCCUGAUCCAGGUGGCUCUUUAUCUUUUGAGGAGGCAUCAACGCUUUCUCAGUCGUCAGGUACACAUCUAUUGGCUACGGCCGUUUCGCAGUGGCUUGGAUCCAUGUCGACGAUGUCUGUUGUAUACAUUGCGAGGGAGGAUCGGGAGAAUGGGCGGGGGAAAUGGAAUCUCAAAGGCUUUGACGCCGCGUUUUCCUCAACAGAGGAAGGACCUGCGAUGUUAUUUUGUCUCCUCGACAGUGUAACGGAUGUUGAGGCAACAGUACACGUUUUAAGGCAUGGCAUGACAUCUCUAGAGCAGGAUUGGCCCCUGUUGGUAUUGAAGCGAAUUGUUUUUCUGCAGCUUACUGCCGAUGGGGAUUUUUAUCUGCUGGCAAAUGCCCUUUGCAGCGUCACUGCUUUUAUGGAAAGACGGUUUAAACUCGGCGUGGAUUGCGGCAUUGUGGACAUUGAUCCCUGGACGGCUGCCACGGUUGGUUAUUUUAUUCUGGAGAUCUCACCAUUCACCACAUCGUAA